AUGUCCGGUCGUAGCAGAGGCCGCGCCAAUCCCAAUCAGGAUGCCGACGAGGAGCGUCGAUUGUGGAAAGAGAUCAAAGAUCGAGCCAAGGAGGUCGACUCCAUGGUGGCGCGCUCGAAUGACGUUGGGACAGAGAUUAUCGAUGUCGAGGAACAGCAAGCAAAACUUAUCGAUGCCGGCAAGCUGAGUGACUCUGCUCUUGAUGAACGGCUCGAGAAAUUGUAUCGGGAGAACGUCAAGAUCUGUGAAGAAGUCACGCACAUCAUUGAAGGCAAAUCCAACGACAUGAAUUUUCUGGACAGCAUCAACAUCCUCGCGGGCCUGAGAGAAGCUUCCGAGGAGUCGGCGGAAAAGGCUCAAGCAAUUCAAGGUCACCGAGGCUCUGGUGGCAAGCUGUCGCGGGCUCCUACCAAGAAGAACAGUGGCAAAAGCGCUUCCGCCGUUGCACCGUCGACUGAAGAUGUUGAUGAAGGCUCAGCAGCACCCUCGCCGCGUAUCAGCUUGGGCGCGAUCAACCGGUUGUCUGCCAAGGAGAAAUCGUCUCGUUCAGGCAGCAUACCAACCACGAGGGAAACGUCUGUGAAGAUCGAGGAUGGCGCUGAAUCUGUCGCCAGUAGCGCCGACGGCGUCUCCACUGCCACGGGUGCAACCAAGACAUCUGCGAACAACCGACAAAACAAUCGGCUUGUGCUGCGUCAAGGUGAACUUGUGUUCUGUCGUCACGAUCUGAAGAACUAUCCCAAUAAGGCCGAGCAGCCAGAAGGGGAGGGCAUUCUCUGUCGUGUCACAAACGUCAUUGGAGAAGGAAAGCAACGCCGCUACGAAGUCCAGGAUGCUGACACGCAAGGCGAGCCGCCUCCGCCACAGCGUGCAUCUGUGGCUCAGCUAAUACAGAUACCGGAUAACAACAAAGGUUUGAGUGAUCUUCCCAAGGGCAAGUCUGUCCUCGCGCAAUACCCCGAGACCACAACGUUCUACAAGGCAGAGGUGAACGAACCCUGGCGGACGAAGGAAGCCGAUAAAGACAAGGUGGAAUACAUGAUGGUGAAAUUGAACUUUCAAGACGAUGAAGAGGUGCGAGAAGUCGAGCGCAGAUUCGUGCUGACGGAGAAGUGA